AUGGCUCCGAGACUGAACGCCGUCUCAACGGUGCUCCUCUCUCUGAUCGUUGCUUUUGCCGUCCUUCUGCCUAGCCAUCGAACCUUUACGGCCGCCAGAACAGAAUUGCUGGACUCCCAGCUCGACUCUCCCCCCAGUGAGGAGCAGAGGGACAAUUACUGGACCCAAGGUGGAAAUGAAAUUGUGCACGACGUGUGGUCGGUCUUACGCGACUUUGAGCCAACAUGGAAGGACAGUGUGACUCCAGUACAGCCUACGGGCCUGCUGCCGACAGUGUGGCAUUACGCGAGAGUCAUCUUUCGCGCUCUCUUUAUGAACACACCAAACCGGGACGAUCACGAAGGACCAAAGGUCAACGGGGAUUUGAAAAGGGCGGUUGACACGCUGAGAACGGCAUCCUCGUUCGACGACCCCGAUGCAAUUUACCUACUUGCCGAGAUGAAUUUCUACGGCAACUUCUCCCACCCCCGCGACUUCCACGCUGCAAAAUAUUGGUACGGGAGGCUGGCAGAUUUGGACGGCAAUGCUACAGCCCAACACAUGCUGGGUCUGAUGUUCGCGACAGGGAUAGGUGGUGUGGAGAGAGACCAGGCAAAAGCACUGUUAUAUCACACGUUUGCGGCGGAGCAGGACAACAUUCGGUCUGAAAUGACUUUGGCCUUCCGUUACCACGCGGGAAUAGGCUGUCCUCGAGACUGUGACCAGGCCGUGGGAUACUACAAAAGAGUCGCAGACAAGGCGAUGGAAUACUGGUACUCCGGUCCUCCAGGAGGCAACUCCUUCGUCCGAAAUGCAUACCGCUGGGUUGAAGUCGAUGGGGGAAUCUACGGUGAAGGCGCGAGCGUCAGCUCCUCCGGCCCAAAUGCCCCUCGAGACGGAGUGACAACGGCUCAUAUCGACUAUAUCCUGGACUAUCUGGACACCAAGGAGCGACAGGGUGAUUACAACGCCAUGCUCACGCUGGGCAAGCACUACUACGAAGCACCGAGAGGGUACAAGAAGAAUUUCCGCAAAGCACAGCGACAAUUCAUGAAAGUCGCGCGCGCAUACUGGACCAAAGAUGGCAAGGUCUCCCCCAAGGCCCCGAAAGGCAUUGAGCGCGUCGCUGGCAAAGCCGCCGCAUAUAUCGGUCGCAUGUUCCUGCGCGGCGAAGCCAUGGAGCAGAACUUUGAAAAGGCCCUAACCUGGUUCAAGCGCGGCGUCGCGCAGGGUGACUCUUUUGCUCAAUACCACAUGGGCGUCAUGUACCGCGACGGACUCGGCGUCCCUCAGGAUGGUGUCCGCGCGGGUGCGUACCUGAAGGCGGCUGCGGAACAGUCUCUCCCACUGGCUCAAUCCGCCCUGGGAGUCCUCUUCCUCGACCAAGGCGACAUCGACACUGCAGCCCGCUACUUUGAACUCGCUGCUGGUGCAGGUGUGAUGGAGUCGUUCUACUACCUCGCCGAGCUGACGAACCAAGGCGUGGGCCGUGAACGAAAUUGCGGCCUCGCUGCUGCAUACUACAAAGUCGUUGCCGAAAGAGCGGAGAUCCUGCACUCCUCUUUCGUGGAAGCCAAUUCGGCGUAUGAAAGGGGAGACUUUGAACGCGCGUUCAUUCCCUCCAUCAUGGCCGCGGAGCAAGGAUACGAAAAUGCACAGGCAAACGUGGCGUACCUCCUCGACCGAAAGACGCAGGUCAUCUCGUUGCCCUUCAACCUAGACAUCCCACUCUUAUCGGCUCUCAGACCAAGCAACUCGGCGAUCGUUAAGAGAAGCAAGCUCCUCAACGACCCGGAGCUCGCACUCUCGUAUUUCACUCGGUCCGCCAAACAGGCCAACGUCGAUUCUCUGAUCAAAAUGGGCGACUACUAUCUUUCCAUGUCCUCAUCUUCCCCACCAUCACCAGCAUUACUCCCCACGGCCGAGACCAACGACACCCAAACGAACCUCGACAAAGCAACGACAUGCUACACCACGGCGGCAGAAUCGUACCACUCCGCGCAAGCACUCUGGAACCUCGGCUGGAUGCACGAGAACGGCAUCGGCGGCGUAUCGCAGGACUUCCACAUGGCAAAGCGGUACUACGACCUUGCGCUCGAGAUGAACAAAGAAGCGUACCUCCCCGUCAAGCUCGCGUUGGUGAAACUCCGCGCCCGGAGCUGGUGGAACGGCGUCAGCGGCGGCAAAGUCAACGGCAUCAAGGACGAAGAAGAGGACGGCAAGAAACGCUGGCGCGGCUGGGCCGAGUGGGUGAACCGCUUCCUCGACGCCGCGGAAGAGAUGGACGCGCGCGAAGCCGAACAGUUUGCGCGCGAAAACGGCGGCGGUGAUGACGAACUCCUCGGCUACACGGCCGACCGGGCCGGCGAUGGCGAGUACGCGACGCGGGACCACGACGACGCUCGACGAGUUGAGGGCGACGUCUACGCCGCGGACGAGUGGGACGAGUUUGACGACGGGUUAGUCGAAAGUUUGAUUAUCAUUGCGUUGGCCGGGGCGUUGGCCUUGCUCGUGUACGCGAGGCAGGCGAGGCAGAGGGUCCUGGAGGAGGAGAGGAGGCAGGGGCAGAAUCAGCAGAAUCAGAAUCAGAAUCAGGAUCAGAAUCUGGGACAACGUCAGCACCAACACCAGCAUGAUCAUCCACAAGCACAACCCCAAGGACGAGAGCGAGAGCGAGGCAUGUUUCCCGCGCCAGGGGAUCCGGAUUGGAAUAAUUGGGUGGCGGGGGGGAUUGGGCAUUGA